CCCCGCCCCCGGCCGCCGCCAUGGAGGGCCCGAGCGGGUCCGAGACCCCGCCCGUGACCCUGAUCAUUAAGACGCCCAACCAGCGCUACAGCGACCAGACCAUCUGCUGCCCCGCCGAGUGGACCGUGGGCCGCCUCAAGGCGCAUCUGGCCGACGCCUACCCCGGCAAGCCCUCUACAAAGGAUCAAAGACUGGUGUACUCUGGCAGACUGCUUCCUGACCAUCUGCAGCUGAAAGAUAUUCUCAGAAAACAAGAUGAAUAUCAUAUGGUCCAUCUAGUCUGUGCUUCUCGAACUCCUCCCAGUUCCCCACAACCCAGCAGCCGGAGAGGCAGUGAGGAAGCAUUGACCUCCAUCAGCAGUUAUAGUUCGGAUAAUUCAGGAUCAUCAACUCCAUCUUCAAGUCAAGAGACUUUGGCUACCACGGCCAGUUCUGGCUCCGAAGGACUGAGGUACCGCAGUUCACCCCAAGCCCCAGCCGAUCCCGAGCAAAGCCUUCAGCUCCCAUACGUGAUGCAGGGAAACGUUGGGCAUCAGUUUCCCGGACAAGCUCUUCCAGCUGGCUUCCCCGUCUACCCUGCUUUCAGCCCCCUGCAGAUGCUCUGGUGGCAGCAGAUGUACGCCCGUCAGUAUUACAUGCAGUAUCAAGCUGCUGUUUCAGCCCAGGCAACCCCCAAUACUGACUCAGCCCGGUCUGCUGCUGCCCAGGCUCCCCAUCUGGCCAAUGCCCCCGCACGUGAAGGCCAGCCAGGUCCAAACGCAGGGGCCCAGGAGAACCGAGCCUUGAAUCCCAACGUGCAGAUGAACGCGCAGGGAGGCCCCGUGGUCAACGAGGAGGACCUCAAUCGAGACUGGCUAGACUGGAUGUACACGUUUUCUAGAGCUGCCAUCCUCCUUAGUAUCGUGUACUUCUACUCCUCCUUCAGCCGCUUUGUCAUGGUGAUGGGAGCCAUGCUGCUGGUCUACCUACACCAAGCUGGCUGGCUUCCCUUUAGACAAGAAGGAGGGCAGCUGCAGGCCCCCAAUAAUGCUGAUGUGAACCAUGAUGGGCAGAACGGGAAUAAUGCAGACCUUGAAGAAAUGGAGCAUCUGAUGGAUGAUGGGCUUGACGAUGAGAGCGAAGAGGAUGCCGGGGAGGCUGCCAGUGCCGGGCCCCAGCCUGGGCUCUUGGCUUCGGCCUGGUCCUUUAUCACCACCUUCUUUACUUCACUCAUCCCGGAAGGGCCUCCCCAGGUUGCCAAUUAGACCUGACCAUCUGUGCCAGCCGAGAAAGAACUGUACCGAGCAGUGGGUUUGACUGGAGGGAAGUGUUUUAAAUAACAGUGCAAUUUCAAAAAAAUUUAUAACUUUCUUUUGAUCAUGUUGUAAAAAGGUGUUUUUUUUUCAGCUUCUCAUGCACAUGAAUCUUUUCAGCACAAGUGAGAGCUACACAAUGUGUGCUUUUUUAAACAUCCUUUAAGGAGGAGCACAGUGUGACAAUGUUGGUCUUCCAUGUUUUAUUCUUUUCAAUUAUGGAUAUUAUAGCAAGAAAAAAUUGUUGUUAGUGCACAUUAUUCCUUUCAAGAGCUGUUUAAAGUAUAGAUGUCUACAGCAGGGAGCCUGUGGCUCUUCAGCAGUGUGAAAUUUGAAUCAAUAAUGCCUGUUUUCUGCGAAUGACCCUAAAAGUUAAGAAGACGAUUUUUAUACUUCUGGUUUCUCCUCAGAAUGCCCAUCACACAAAAUGUGCUGGCAGUAGCUUUUCUUCUGCGACACAGCAAUAAGCCCUCCUCACGCUCGUUGAAAGCUUCACUUUUUUAAACCAGUUUUCUGAUGCCAGACUCAAUUAUGGAUAUUUUCUUUUGUAGAGUACACCCUAUUAAUUGGAACUAAUCCUUUUAAAACAAACACAAGCAGCUCUUCAAGGGAAUUAACAGUGAUGUUGGAUUCAUUACAAAUGUUUGAUAUAUACAGUACUUUUUAUAAAAUGAGAUGUACUGGAAAUCAGUCCCUGUAAUUAGUUUUUUUAAUAAAAGGUCAAUUAUA